UAAGUUGCAGAGUUCUGAUGGAGAGAUAUUUGAAGUUGAUGUUGAAAUUGCCAAACAAUCUGUAACUAUCAAGACCAUGUUAGAAGUCACUGUUCAUCAAGUAUCUGUUGAAUGAAGAACUAUGUUAUGGUUACUAAAAGAGUGUGAAAGCAGUCCAAGUGUCCCAAAGGCAGAUUUGGGAAUGGACGAUGAAGGCGAUGAUGACCCAGUUCCUCUACCAAAUGUUAAUGCAGCAAUAUUAAAAAAGGUCAUUCAGUGGUGCACCCACCACAAGGAUGACCCUCCUCCUCCUGAGGAUGAUGAGAACAAAGAAAAGCGAACAGAUGAUAUCCCUGUAUGGGACCAAGAAUUCCUCAAAGUUGACCAAGGAACACUUUUUGAACUUAUUCUGGCUGCAAACUAUUUAGACAUCAAAGGUUUGCUUGAUGUUACAUGCAAGACUGUUGCCAAUAUGAUCAAGGGGAAAACUCCUGAAGAGAUUCGCAAGACAUUCAAUAUCAAAAACGACUUUACUGAAGAAGAGGAAGCCCAGGUUCGCAAAGAGAACCAGUGGUGUGAAGAGAAGUGAAAAGUUGUGCCUGACACUGUAACACUGUAAGGAUUGUUCCAAAUACUAGUUGCACUGCUCUGUUUAUAAUUGUUAAUAUUAGACAAACAGUAGACAAAUGCAGCAGCAAAUCAAUUGUAUUAGCAGAAUAUUGUCCUCAUUGCAUGUGUAGUUUGGGUACAGGUUCCAAACCUAUGGCUGAGUUUCUUCCAAUAUGAUCAAAAGUUUCUUUUUUUCUUUGCUCUGAAUAAAACUGAAUUGUGGGUUCUCUAUAGAAAGUGGCAUUUUGGGCUUUCCCUCUUUUUGUAAAGCGAUUUCUUCCUAGUUUAUUGUUCAUUUAACUUUAGUGACCUUUUAAAAGUUGGCAUUGUAAAUAAAACAACCUGAAAAAGUUUUCUGAAAUAGAAUUAACAGCAUAUUAUCUUUAUUCAUGAGUUGAAAGCUGGGAAAAAGCUACUUGAGGUAAAUGUUUUGAGUGCAGGGUUAUUAGGAUGUCUUUCAGCUUCCUGGAGUCAAGGAGUACCACUGGUAUUGAUUAGCCCAUAUGUAGCAUGGCUUUCUUAAUUGGAUCUGAGGACUUGUUUUUGCAUUUUUAAUCUUUUCUAUAUUGGGUAAGAGACUCAGUUACUACUCAGUUUGUGGUUUUGGGGGAAAUAUAACUAGACAGUUAGCUUUUCAGUGAAAAAAUAACAGCCCUUGUGGUAUGUCAUCCUUUUAAAAUCAGUGAUCCCAUAUGAGGAAGACUAUUUACACUACUUGCAUGUAAAACAGUUUUAACCUUUACC